UUUUAAACGGGAUAGCGCAAGCUAGUAAAAAACAAAAAACAAAGAUAAAAUUAAACAAAUUUAUAUUUAUUUUUUAUACCCUUACGGCGGAAUCUUUUAACCGAGCACCUACAGUUUUGUUAUUUAGCGCUUUUACGCGUAUAGGGAGAUAG